GUGUCUUUGUGUGACGAGUACAGUUUACCAGUCGAUUUCGUCAACAAGAGAAGACCUCACAGUUUUGGUGCCGGUCUAGCGAACUGGACAGCUCCAAGUCCCAAUGGAGAACAGGUAGAGAUAAUAGAAGCCUACUGUGACCCACGAGACUCGAAGGCGUACCUGGAACCUGGAGACGAAGCGAGUGCCAAAUUAUAUACCAGCCCGGACAAGGAUUACUCCCAGCCUUACACGACUGAUGGAUCUUCUGAAGGCAAAACUCCAGAAGAUGAAGAUGAUGGAGUGUACGAAGAUGUCGGACUGCCUGAGGACAACCCCACAGCUCCUGGUAUCGAAGUAACUGAAAAUUGCGUCACAGUAAUCCGUGUCGGUGAUCCCGAAGAACAGAGAGAAAUUGUUAACGAAUUAGAACAGGAUCGGGAAGGAGAGGCUGACGAAUAUCAGCUGACACUGCAUCUGACGGCAGCCGCCCCUCUUACGACGCGGAGGAACCCGUCUCCUUACUACUACGGUGAUCUCUUCCGUGAGGACUACGAGCCACAAGUUCCUCACCGCCACUACUCCACGCGCCAGCAGCAGCAGAAUCAGCCCAGGAAGAGCGCCAGCCUAGACACGCCCGCGACUGCCGUGCUCCCGAACAGGAACUCUCUGGAUGGCGAUGGGAGCGCGUCCGUGUCGUCCCUAAUCCUGUCCGAGGUCAGUCCGUACAGCGGCAGUCAUCAUGCGGCCGGUAGCGCCGGGUCUUUGUUGGCUGCAUGUCUACUGGAGUGGGACGCAAUCCUCAUGCCUCCCCACCGGCAACUGAGGGGUCAGCACGACCUGCCGUCAGUCUGCGCCUGCGCUGGAGCUGGUCAGUGCCUUGACGAAGAUGAUGACGUGGACGACUUAGGAGACUACGAUCCCAGGAGCCGUCACAUCCAUCGGCACCAAUAUCACCAUCAUUACUGGCAACAGCAGCAGCACAAUGGAGGAAGAGCGCCUGUAGAGGAGCCUCCUGUCGAUUACGACGUCCCAGAGGAAGGGGAGGACGAAUACGGUUGCGAUAUGAGUGGACGUCAACGCCAUUUAUAUGAGACUGCUUUCGAUUGUAAAGUAAAUCGAUCGGAUGACGACCUGGAUGAUGUAGAUCGUGUCACAAAUCAUCCGGUUCUUCAGAUGUUUGGAGGUAGCAAAGUUUCCUCGUCGACAAACACUGGCAACAGCUUAGCGAGGCCAGUGCGUGCCACGUCAUCUAAAGACCCUACGAUCAGUGUGGGGAUCUACACUCCCAAAGAGAGACGAAAAGUGACGCUUGUGCGCGGAAAAUUUGUGAAGGACCGUCCCAAAGCGAUCCCUAGUCGUUUGCUGCAGUCAGAUACCGCUAGUAGUACCACAACGUUAUCUCAGGACUUGGAAGGUCUGGAGAUAGGAGAUGCCGAGGAAGUGAAGCCCGAACCCUCGCCUUCCCUCCUCAGAGGCUAUUCUCCAUCGCCACCAUCCACGGCCCCUUUGCCAGCCAAGUUUCAUGGCAGCAACAAAGACGUUCUUGCCAUGAACAGCAUUCGCAGUGCGCCCAACUUGCCUUCAACCAGCCCUGCCCACCCGCGGCUCAAAGAUGUGCGCCUACCAGUGAAGUCAUUGCGCGCUCGGGAGCUACCUGACAAUCGCAAAGGGAGCAUUAUGGAGUUCAAGGGUCGACCUAGAAGUAUGGUACAUCAGGAAGAAAACGUACCUGAGUUUAAGGGACGUCCUCAGAGCAUGUUUGUUGAAGGAGGGACAAUUCUUGAAUUCAAGGGUAGACCAAGUGAAGCGGAAAAAGGGGAACAACCCAUUUUAGAAUUCAAAGGCAGGCCGGGUAGGUCUGAGAAAGACGAAGGAACUAUACUGGACUUUAGUGGCAGGCAGCGUGGGUUAGUUAGUCAAGAAUCAGGUCCCAUAUUGGAAUUCAAAGGAAGGCCGGCACCAGGAAACAGACGUUCCGGCGUGCGACCCAAGUACUCCAGCACAGAGAGCAUGGCUACAAGUAGCAGUGGAGGGAGUCUGGAGUCAAUCCGCAGCAGUACAAGCGAAGGAAACCGCAGCACAACUAGUUCCGAAAGUCAUCGGAGUACUUCUCUCAGUUCCCACAGUUCCGAUUCAGCGAGCAGUAGUGGUGGAGGGGGUAACAGUUCUGGACAACCUUCCGGUAACCCCCAUCACCAUCACCACUACUAUCAUCACCAUCACCACCAUCACCAUCAGUGUUCCGGGGCCGGUACACCCCUGGGAGUCGUGUCCGGAGGGCGUUUCUUUGUCCACCAGAGUAACAAACUCCAUAUCCUAUCGCCAAUAUCGGACAAGUCUUCACAGGAACCUGUAUCGGAAACGUCGGACAACAACCGCAACAAUAACUCGCAGAAAGCUUCUCCUGAGGACACGGACCAGAUCACGUCUCCCAUGUCCACGACAAAGGGUCCAACGACGGAUUCUCAGCCGUGGGGAGAGCCAGCGGGCAUAAAGCUCAAACGACGUAUCCCACAAAACAAAAACCUCAUCAACCUCACCCUCCAGCAACAACAGCAGUCAUCAUCGUCAGGAGAGGCCGAAAUCCAGGGUUCUGACAGCGGCAUCUCCAUAGAAUCCCGGGGUGGUACCAAAUGUAACAAGGUCUAUAACUUGACUGCUUUCUCUUUCGCAAAGCAGACAAGUAACGUGGACAACGGCGGAGUACCUGAUAACGAGCUACAAACAGCUGAUUUCUCGGAUCUGCCUUUCGACAUGCCCAAACUGCGGCGCCGUCGCCUCUUGCAACAAGACACCUGUACGUCUGGCAGCGCCACUUCUGUAGACCUCCACGACCUGCCGUUUGACAUGCCGAAACUUAGAAGACGCCUGCGAGGUCAGCCUGUCGUACAACAGCAGCCGCAGACGAGUACAGAGUCAAGCGGCGUGUCUCAGGCGUCUUCGAGUCAGAGCGUCCGAGAUGCUGACCGCUCUGCGUCUUCAGUCCCCAGUAGGCCGAGUCUGACGUUGAAUCUAGAGGCGACAUCUUCACCAAAACAAAGGCUUGGCCUAUCACUAAAUCUUGGAGGCUCGGCUUUUGUAUCAGCCCGAGGAGACUCUAUCGAUGUACAGCUGCCUCUAGAACGCCAAGGGUGGUACCAUGGGGCUAUCACAAGGAUUGAAGCUGAAAAUGUGUUGCGGCUACUGAAGGAAGGCAGCUACCUAGUUCGGAACAGUGAAUCCACGCGACAGGACUAUUCGUUGUCUCUCAAGAGUGCACGUGGGUUUAUGCAUAUGAGGAUACAGCAGUGUCCAGAAACUGGAAAAUUUAUUCUAGGUCAAUUCAGCAAACCAUUCGACAAUAUUCCAGAAAUGAUCCACCACUACACAGUGAACAGACUGCCAAUCCGUGGGGCAGAACACAUGUGUCUCUUGCAUCCUGUCAUUGGGCAGUUACUCUAGCUGUUCCUAUCUUACUGUACUACUUCGAAGCAGUGAGUACACAGUGGUAUACUGACUUGUGAUUACAAAUAUCUGAUGCUGCUUUCACAGUUUAUAAUUUGCUCGUAUGGUUCGCUGAUCCAAGAUGCCAUGGUAAGCCUUCUGCCACAAUACAUCAUGCGUCCAGCCUUUUAAUGAUGCAUUUCCACACCAUUCAUAACAUUAAUGCUUCCAGAUGAUGAAACAUCAGAUAAUUGGUUUCAGCCCUGAAGAUUACUAGGAGAGUUGAAAAACUUGAUUCAGUGAAAUGUGAGUUAAAUAAAGCUUGGAGUGAUUUGUGAUACAACCAUUACCAACAGGGACUCCGAAAUUCUGCUGGUCAUUAUUUAAACAAAGUCCUGAUGUUAAAAAUAUUAAAAUAUUUCUCAUGUUUAAAAUCUGUAAUUUUCAUGUAUCAGUAUGGUAAUAAGCAUACUGUUUAUAAUGGAUAGCUUCUUGUACUCCAUAUUAAGGAUCUUCCAUUUAAAACCAGUAUUAAAUUGUCUUAACCCUUCUUUGCUAUGGUCAAGGUAUUUCAUUUGAAAUGCUGCCCACUUGCUAUGUAUAACUUUUGUGUUAAAUAAUAUUGGAGAAAUUACUAAAAGCACGUCAGCAUGGAAAGGGUUAAGAGACCGAUGCAUAUAUAGGAAGAUAAUAUUAAAAUGGAUUUUAAGUUUCAGGAAUGUGAAUUUGGUUAAACUGUCACCAACUAGCUAUGAACUUUGGUAUGUUGUGGAAUGAUUAAAGGUAAAAAACUAAUAACAUACACUACUCAAGGGAUAUCAUGAAAUUUGUUACUUAUGAAAUUGAUUGGUACAUAUAAAUACAUAAUUAUAACAGAAUCCAUAUUUGACAGACUUUUCAAAUAUAUGCAACUGUCCGGAUUCAUCUCAGCAGAAUGCAACAUAAAGAAACACAACUGAAAAAAAUUAGUAAAAAAUUACUAACCACAUGAAUUAAUGAGCCAAAGAAGGACUUUGAAGGGGCUACUGGAUGAAUGAGGCUGGGAUGGGUCAAAGAGUGGCCCAAUUUGUGCUCCUCGAUGGUCUUCUGCCUUUCAAAAAUAAAAUAUUUUAGCACAUUUUCAUAACUAACAAAUUUAUUAAUUUAGCGGAGCCUAGUCCUCCUUGAGGCGUUCAAUAUUCUGUCAGAGGGUCAACAAAUUUUCUGCUUUAAUGAAACUCGAAAGUUCAUUAGUAUUUCUACAAGAGCCUACCACUGGACCCUAUCCCGAGUCAGAUGAAUCCAGUCAA